GCAGAGAAUGGGAGCUUCAAUAUAACACUUAACAAGGAAACCGGGAACUCCCCCUGUGUACUGGAGUACCAGCAUUGUCAUCACCAUCCUCAUCUCAUACAGCAGGGUCUGAUUAGCCUGCAGCCAUGGCACUGUCGGCCAGCUCGCAGCUCAGCAAGGAUGUGAAGAAGAUGUACAUGGAGCUGCCACAAGGAGAUAAAGUCCAGGCCAUGUAUAUAUGGAUAGAUGGUACAGGAGAAGGUCUACGAUGCAAGACGCGGACACUGGACUGCGAACCCAAGUCUUUUGAAGAUUUGCCAGAAUGGAACUUUGAUGGCUCAAGCACUCAUCAGUCGGAGGGAUCAAAUAGCGACAUGUUUCUGAUCCCAGUGGCUAUGUUCAGAGAUCCUUUCCGGAAAGACCCCAACAAACUGGUAUUCUGUGAGGUGCUGAAAUACAACAGGAAAACAGCAGAAACAAACCUGCGAAACACAUGUAAGAGGAUUAUGGAUAUGGUGACCGAUGAGUAUCCGUGGUUUGGCAUGGAACAGGAAUACACAUUGCUUGGAGUGGAUGGACAUCCCUUUGGCUGGCCUUCUAAUGGCUUCCCCGGACCUCAAGGUCCAUAUUACUGUGGAGUUGGAGCAGACAAAGCCUAUGGACGGGAUAUUGUGGAGGCUCAUUAUCGGGCAUGCCUAUAUGCUGGGGUGAAGAUUGGAGGAACAAAUGCAGAAGUGAUGCCAGCACAGUGGGAGUUCCAGAUUGGGCCAUGUGAAGGAAUCGACAUGGGAGACCAUUUGUGGAUUGCCCGGUUUAUUCUGCAUCGAGUCUGUGAGGACUUUGGAAUCGUGGUUUCAUUUGACCCUAAACCUAUCACAGGAAACUGGAAUGGAGCUGGUUGCCAUACCAACUACAGCACAAAGAAAAUGAGAGAGGAUGGAGGCCUCAAGUAUAUAGAAGAGGCCAUUGAAUACCUUAGUAAGCGUCAUGAUUACCACAUUCGGAUCUACGACCCUAAAGGAGGACGGGACAAUGAACGUCGCUUAACCGGCCAACAUGAAACUUCCAGCAUCCACGAAUUCUCUGCAGGAGUGGCAAACCGCUCUGCAAGUAUCCGUAUUCCACGUAUGGUCGGACAAGACCAGAAGGGAUAUUUGGAGGACCGCCGUCCAUCAGCCAACUGUGACCCCUAUGCUGUGACAGAAGCCAUGGUUCGGACCACCAUUCUGAAAGAGAGUGGAGAUGAGCCUGUGGACUAUAAAAACUAAGAAAUAGACAACGCUCAAAACUUCUCAUAGCCAGUUCUGUUUCUGUUCUCUACACCUAUGCCUAAGUCAUGUCUAACUCCAUUUCCUGAAGUCAUCUAGACAUAUUUAGUAAUGGGGGUAGAGUAGAAUGUAAGAUUCUUAUCAAUUCUUUAUAGUCUGAUUCUGUCAUGGACUACCUCAGUUCAUUCUUAAGAUGGCGAUCUUAAAAAGAAAUGUUUAAAAGCUAUAAGUAGACUG